AACAACAAGACAAUUCUUUAUUCUUUCAGCAUUUAGCUGGCCCCGGUUGCGGAGCUUUUUCCCAGUACAUCCCAGCAACCGAAACCGUAGUUGUGCCCGAACAACCGAUGGGCGGACAAGGUUGUUCGGCGGAUGAUCAUGCCGAGGUCGCGCUGAAGGAUAAUGGUGCGAAGAGCAAAUCUCCUUCUACCACCGUCGCGGAGAUGCUGAACAACCCGAGGGUGGCGGAGCUCCUGAAGAUCGGGCUUUCCCCCAACAACCCCCCUACGUCGACCUCCGGCGCAGGAGCAGCGGCGCCCGGUGCCUUCGCACCAGCAGCAGCCUCUGGAGCUGCUGCAGCCGCAGGAGCUGCUGCGGCCGUGCAGCAACCCAUCAUCAACAACUACAUCAUUCAGAAUCACGGGUUUUUGCCCCCUCCGGGGGUGGGACUACACGUACACUCUGG